AUGGCGGGGGUGAACCUGACUGAAGAGAGCGCUCGUAUCCUGGCCACCAACUCUGAGCUGGUGGGAACACACAUCCGCUCCUGUAAAGAUGAGGCCUUCCUACACCCGGGCCUGUUACACAGACGCAUCCUGGAGACAGGUACGGCCAGUACACUACUACAGUACAUUAUAGUACACGAUGACACCCUCACUAGAGAAACCUCUAAAUACUACCCAUAUAGUGUAUGAUAAUGAGGCCUUGUUCACAGCAAUAGAACAAUAUAAGUUGCAUACACAGUAAGUCUUUAAAGUCAUUAAAUUAUAGAGAAUUGAAGUGGAGUCAUGUACUGUAUCAUUGUCUUCACGGUUAGCAUUAUCGCCAGUUCCAUAAUAACAAUUCCAUAAUCAUAAUCAUCAAGUGUUGCCAAUGACGCUGAUCUUCAUUUUUAUCAUAGUGAUUAUUAUCUUCAGAUUUAUCUUGAAUUUAUUCAUUUGCUUCUGAACAUGUGUACCAAACAGAAUCAUGUUCCUUCAAACUUGUGCUGGUUUAGAAAAUAUAGGCCAGACCCCUGUCUGUGUGUGUGAUGAAAUCUAUCUGUUAGCUUUGUGUUUUCUUUCAUUCUCCUUGUUGUUUCUGCAUCUGUACUGUCAUCACUAAAGACAGACAGUUUGAUACUUCCCCUGAUGGGAUGUUGCAGGCCAGGUCGGAGCAGACCCUCCUUUCUGGCCUCCCUCAUUUUAAACUUGGUGCACUUAACAGUUCUUUCACCUCCUUUAAUGAAUUCUUCAGUGGCUGUCUGAACUUACUAGACCCCAGGCCCUGACAUAAAUACUUUAUAGGGCUGUCUUUUGAAGGCUGCUUGUCAGAUUGUCCUGUGGACUGAAGGAAGAGAGUUCAGAGUUACAAGACUUGAUUUUGUUCUUCUUCUGUCUUUUGAUUGGAGCUCCACAUACAGAUACUGUCCUAUUUGCGAAUGUGAGUUGACACACGGACCAGUGGAAUCAGCCUCUGUUUAUAUUAGAAUUUAUUUGAGGGUUUACCAUGUGAUAGACUAGUAUCUACAAUGUAGUGGCCUCUUGUUAGGCAUAUUCAAUGGUGGCACUGGUAAAUGGCACUUUGUUACACUUCAGGCCUUUUUGCACUGUGUCGGAAAUGUCUAAGCCUAAUGUGUGAAAGUGCAAUUCAAUAAUAUUACCAUAAACAACUAAGUCUUGAAUACACGUUGCAUUAAAAAUCACACAGUAGAAUAGAAUUCAAACACAACGGGGAGUUUUAGUGCUUAGACGUUUCUUCUUGUUUUACCUCAAUUAAGUAUCCAAGGUGACGGUGGCAAUGAGGCCCAGAGGUCAUGUGCUGUUAUACGGUACCUUGGUGAGGUUGUUAUCCCGUCGCCUUGGGGAAGAGGGGGUUAAAAAUGUAAAUCUUGCUCUGGAGGCUUGGUGCUGUGCGGGGGUGGGUGGGUGGGAGGCCAUGGCGCCCCCUGCUGGGGAAGUGGCACUUGGGCGGCUUUGUUGUGUCAGUGAUGGGCUGUGGAGAACUCUCAGCUGGCAGCAGAACCAAGGGAGGCUCCCCAGCCUGCCAACUCGGCUCAAUCAGAGGCUAGUGGGGACGUGGUCCUCCUCACACAGUGGUACACAGCCCUGGCUCACCCCUCUGCUUCAUGCUGCCUUCUCUGCUCUCUGCUGCCUCCACUGGACAGGGAGAUGUACAGCGGGGCAGGGUAGAUUCAGACCCAGUGAGGACCAGGGAACCCUGUGUAUUUCAGAAUGUCCACACAGAUUGGGAGGAGAGGAGCUUGUUUCUCUCUCCCUGUUUCUUUCAUUCAUUCUUUCUUUCUUUCUCAUUUUUUCUCUUUCUGUCUUCCCAUAUCUCUCUCUCCUCUCACCCCCCUCCUCUCUUUCUAUCUCUCUUCUCUCUCCAAAUCGUUCUUCAGGCUUGUCCUUGAGCCGUGGGCCGGUUUCAUUUGUGAAACUGCAAACAGCAACUCCCUCCUGACUCCCAGGGCCUAGAACAUACGCACAGCUGGAGUUCUCUAGAAUCUCAAAGUAAAUGAUAGUGCACUGGUACCUCAGAGGUCCAAUUCUGCAGAGACACAUACACAAGCACGCAACUCCAAAGAGACUCACUCGUGUUCAGUGCAGAAAGUUCACUUUUCUCUUUUUAAGGGCAGAUGACAAUAGUAAAAAAUAAAGCCUGUUAAGGUGGUUGGAAACGAACACUAAAGCAAUUCAAUGCUGUUUAGACUCUCCUAUAGUCCUAAGCCAGGUGCUGGUGUGGACUAAGUUACAAAUUGAGGAAUGUAUUUCUUUCAUAGAGAACUUGGCUUUCUUUGUCUCGGUCCCUUAAAGAUCUAAUUUUGUAGGAGAGUGGAAGCCUUUAGUAUUUUACCUUUUGACAUCGCUUACGACCCAGAGAAAAUGUUUUUGUAUUUUCACACUAAUUAUCAGGCUUAUACGGAUCUCGAUCCUUUCAAGAUGUUAGACCGGGAAAAGGUGUAUGUACAGUACGGCUGAUUUAAAAAAUUGGUGUCGUUUACUUAAAAGUGUACCAGAGAGAACAUUCUGCAUAUUAAAAAGGAAGAAAAACAGAUCCUAACCUCCUAAACUGUUUACUGCCAGGAAACUAGUCUAAAUGAUCCUUUAAAGUUAAGGUUGGCCAAUGUUGUUUACAGCUACACACGAAAGACUGCAGAGUAAGAGCCUGGUAAUUCAUACUUGGACACUAUUCUGAACAUGGCACUAGAACUGUGAAACGUCUAGAAAGAGAUUCAUCAUAAUGAAACAAAUACCUUUUUCACACUAUUGUCCUGACCUAAACCAAACUGUCCUGGCUCAGAUGUUUUUCUUUGUCCUUUUUAACAUGGUUCCAGCAACUAUGGUGGAUGUGUAACCAGGCCAGCUCAUUACAGCUUGGUUUGGUUCGGCUCAGCUUGGUUCAGUAGUAUGAAAAGCCUUUUCGGACUAGGAUUUGGGGAGAUCAGCGUAUAUUAAUGUUGGAGUCCUUCUGUCUGUGUGUGACCCUCAGCUAAGAGGUUUGGAGUGUCAGAGGUACCUUUGGAGGCUGUCACCUUCAUCUCCCACGCCACCCAGUCCCGACUUCGCACUGUGCUAGAGAAGGUCUCCUCCAUCGCACAGCACAGGAUGGAUGGCUGUAAAGUAAGUAGUCGUGCCAGAGACAGACAUACCUAUGAGGAGGUGGGCGCUUUUUACACUUAAGUGAUAAACACGAUAGCAUAGUUUCCACAGAAACAUAUUUUUCAAAACUUUGAAAAAUACCUGAUAGAUCUUUUUCAGGCCUCUGUCUGACACACCAACAUUGGUGACAUAAACAUUUAGCCUUGAAUAUAGCAAUGUAACCACAUUUAAUUGGUUUACAAUAAAGUCAAUUCAAUUCUGCUCCUUGUAAAAGAAUGAAAGCAAAAAACAUAGCAACUUUGAAAAGCUGUUUUCCUGUGUGUAUGUGAGGCAGAGGAGCGGUGGGGUGGUGGUGCUACAGCUGUCCCUGUCUUGUUUUGCCUUUUUUGCGGUUUGUAAAUGAGGCGUGUUAGAAGCGUGAAGUCUCCUCGUCUCUGUGAAGCCACUCUGUUGACAUCAGCGAAAAAACCAACCGGGCGGGCGGCCUGGAAGAGAGCGCACAACUGAGUUACGGAAGAGGAGAGGAGUGCAGGCUCAGCUCUGAACAAAGGCGGGAGGAAGGAUGAGAGAGUGGUGACAAGCCCUCAGAUGUCACUCCACUCUGUGCUCUGCUCUGCACCCAGCUCCUCACAUCGCCACAGAGAGAGAGAUAGAGUGAGAGAAACUGAUAAAGGGUGUUGGGGGAGAACAGAGAGACAGACAACACACAGGGAAUAAACAAUUGUCAUAUUAACUUUUUGAUGACCCACAAACUUUGUUUUCCUUCUGAAACUUGUCUCAUCUUCCCGUCCUCCCAAGUGCAGAACAACAUAUUUAACACAACGAGAAGCGGUGAUGCAUGUAAACAAAGAAAAGUUGUGAUUAGUUAUCUAAACUGGUGGUUGAGCGAGACGAGGUGUCGAAAGUUGGAAUAGUAUGUUUAUCCAAACGUGUGGUUAAUAUGAGAUCUUCUAAGGAUCUUAAGUUAUUUUACAUCCACACUCGCUCUCUCUCUUUCUUUCUCCCCCUCUGUCUCUGCAGGAUGAGGAAUGGUAUGAGCAGUCGGCAGACGUGCGGUCGCAGCUAAAGUUCUUUGAGCAGCUGGAGAGGAUCGAGAAGCAGAGGAAGGAUGAACAGGAGAGAGAGAUCCUACUGAAAGCAGCUAAAGUAAGUCCUAGUCACCUUCUUGUUAUAAAGACAUAUAUCCCUUUUAGUUACAACCACACAGUCAAGGAAGUGUUUUCACAUUCAAACCUGAUCUUUAGCCCAAUUUAGCAAUACCCUGAAAUCUUACCAGUUUCAGUUAGCCCAUUUCCAAUCCUGCCCAAUGCACCAUGAAGGCCAGUGUAGGGACUGUAGCUCUGUUGCUGUGGUGUGUGUUACUAGUGUGUAAGGUAGUGUGUAAGGUAGUGUGUAAGGUAGUGUGUAAGGUAGUUUGUAAGGUAGUGUGUAAGGUAGUGUGUAGCUGUGCUGUGGUGUGUGUUACUAGUGUGUAAGGUAGUGUGUAAGGUAGUGUGUAGCUGUGCUGUGGUGUGUGUUCCUUGUCAGUGUCUAGGGCAGUGUGUUGUGUUCUCUGUUCCUGCCCAGGCCCAAGCUAACAGAUGAAACCGAGUGCGCCCUCCGUAGAGUGACCUCAGUGUGUCCUCCCGUCCCUCCCACCCCCUCGCUCUAGGGCUCCUUUGUCCUCUCAUUGUCCCCAAACACAACAAGCAGAGGAACCACUGUGGACCUCUAUACACUCCUCUGAUCUGAUCCUCCUCACAUACCCCCUGACACGCCCAGAGCUAAGAGCGUGUCGUUUCAGCCAUCUCAGUACUCAGGAGAACCAGCUUCAACAGUAGUGGGCUGGGGAGCCUCAGAGAGCCUUACAGAGUCUCAGAACGGAUGACUUGCAUCUAGGCAGUCUCUGCACACUCAUGUGUGUCAAUCCAUUCACACUGACUGGUCUAAACACUUCUUGCACACACUUAACUUGUAUAAGAUUGUAAAAUGACUUGUAUAAGUUCUCACAUACUUCAUACAAUUUAUCAAAGAAGACAAGUACAUAAUUCAUUAGACAUACAGUAUGAUGCAAAGGUUGAAAUACUGUCACCACCAAUAGAAUGUGUUUUGAAGUGAAAUGCCCACGGUGAAACAUUAGAGAGAAGCUUGGUUAAUUUAAUACAUUAUCGGGACCAUGUCCCAUAGUUGAUUGCAUUACCACCUCGCCGUGUUAACAGCAUUGUCAUGCAGGACAUUAGAAGCAGUCAGACUGAUGAACACUGACCUGCCUUCCCUCUGUUAGAGUUGGUAGGAAACUACUGCCGACAGCAAAGCUGUUAAGCACCAAGCUUUAUUUUGUUAUUUUGAAAAAUAUGUCAUUUACAUUGACAUUUAGUCAUUUAGCAGACGCUCUUAUCCAGAGCGACUUACAGUUAGUGAAUACAUAUUUUUUUUUUUAUACUGGCCCCCCGUGGGAAUCGAACCCACAACCCUGGCAUUGCAAACGCAAUGCUCUAUCAACUGAGCUACAUCCCUGCUGGCCAUUCCCUCCCCUACCCUGGACCAAUUGUGCGCCGCCCAUGAGUCUCCCGGUCGCGGCCGGCUGCGACAGAGCCUGGAUUCGAACCAGGAUCUCUAGUGGCACAGUUAGCACUGCGAUGCAGUGCCUUAGACCACUGCGCCACUCAGGAGGCUAGCGGCCUAACUAUACGUGUCUUUAGAAGGACUAUAUGACAAUACGUUUUACUGGACAUCAGUUUAUCACACCUAAAAAAAUCUAACUAAUAUGCAAUAUGUGUUGUCUGGGCUCAAUAUUAUGUCAUAGGAUGGUUUUGUGGCAUAUUAAUUAAUCUGACGCUUGUCUUGUCUAAUAAAUCCCAUUGUGAUCCCAUUUUCACUAUACACCUCCUACAGUAUAUUUCUGUGUCUACCUGCUGUAUUCAAACAGUAGUGCAGGUAGAUCCAGCAUCCAGCCACUGUACUGUUAUGCACCCUUUGUUAUCUCCUGUCCCCUUCCCUUUCUAGAGAGAGAGCUCAUAAUGAGCUGACAGAGGAGAUGUAAAGCAUGUCAGUGGCACCAUGGCCCUUUGUAAACAGUCCAUCUGUGUCCCUGUUUUCUCCCCCCAGACUGGCUCCCUUUAUAAUUUGACCUCUUAAAUAAGAACCUACUAAAAUAAUCACCUCCUCCACUCCCACUCCUCCGUCCAUUUAAAAUAUGACUCAAGUCUUCAGGGAUGCUCCGGCCGACUGGAGGGCAAAUGCAUUAGUUUUAGUUGAGAUACCGACCAGUAGGUGAAACGCCUGAUAUAUUUAAAGCCAAUUAGCAAGGAGUAGGGCAAGACGACUGCCUCUGUUCAUGAGAUAGUGAGGGAAGGAGGGAGGGAGGGAGCCAGGGCACGGGUAGCUACACUCUUGCUUUCCAGCACCACUGAAGGCAAAUAGCGUGUGAUUGCUUAUAGUAGAAGAGCAUCACAUUCAGAGAUAUUAAUGAAGUAGUCUCUAACACCACCGGGAUGACCAUGCUCUUAGAGAGCCAAUGUUAAAGACACAUUGGACCGUUACUAGUCAUAUCCCUAACCUUCAUUCAAGCUAAAUGAAUUGAUGCUAGUUAAACAGGAAGUACAUUUUUUAUAGAAUUAUUCCCAUUGCUAUGGCACUGUUGGCUGCCUGUAUUACCAUAGCAUAGACGAAGACCCACGGGUCAAAACGUUGUACAAUAAAUCUGCGAGAGCAUUCAACAGUGUAUCUAUCUUUCUUUCAUAGAUUGAUAGGAAAUGUACAUAGCCUCUCUGAUAGCUACAGUAGGCUAGUACUGUGAUAGUGUGGUGAUCUGGCAGGGUGCCACUAACAGUGAGCCUUUAGAAGAGUCCCUGUAUGGUUAAUUAGAAGCCCUGUGGUUAACAUCUCACACAGACAGGUACAAGCAGCACAGGCAGCUCAGCUCUCACUGACUAAUUACAGUGGAGCUCCAGUACUGUGGACUCUGGUCCUGACUCUAGAGAGAUACGCAUACACACACACACACACACACACACAAACACACACGCAGCAGUGGCACCGGAAACAAAAGAGGGACAGACAGACAGAGUGCCAGUGCCUGUGACUUUCUGAGUUUGAGCACAUUCUCCCAGCCCUGGCUCGCACAGAAUUUUUAAUAACCUCCUUUGAUUAGAAUCUCCCUCCAGCAGCUUAUUUACGGCGGGAUUUGGCGCAGGUUUAAAGGGCACUGGCCCCAGGCGCUCAAUUGCACUUCUAUGAAUCCGAAUACGAUGUCCUUGACACCUUGUAUCCUGUUCCCAUUUUGUACUAUUUUUGUGCUGGCUGCAACAGAUGAGGGGGUCCUUAAACCAGCUGUUAACCUGUGUUCCCCCCCCCCCCCCCCCUCCUUAACUCUGCAGAGUCGCUCCAGGCAAGAGGACCCAGAGCAGGCUCGGCUGAAACAGAAAGCUAAGGAGGUAAGCGCUGUGCUGGAGAUCAUUACCCUUGACAUUUUCCCAAGACUUCAACAUAUAAUGUUUCAUGCCUCGCUACAUAUGUAAUUCCAUUUAAAGGUCUGACUUAAAAAGUUGUAGGAAUUAUUUGUGCUGAUUGAUGUCCGCCUCGUUUGGAAAAGUGGUUUCUAUAGAACAGAGACACCACACCAAAUAUCCUAUUUCUCCUCUCUCUCUCUUUUCUGGCUCCCGAUAACAUUUUGGAGACUGCUGUUCAUUGUGCAUGGCUCUUUCAAAGAGAUAGAUUGGGGGAGCCUAUUGGUGUUGUGAGUACAGGUUUCAUAUUCACCAUAGCACUUUCCGUAGAGCCAUUUGCAUUGUAAAGGCUGAUAGAAAUAGGUUUACUGUCCCAGUUAUAUAUACAUUUUAGUUCAAAACAAUGAAAUGGCUUUGGCACUGUAGGUGUACAAAUGGGAAAUUUCGAAAAAAGUAGCAAGCGACUGUGCUUAUUUGUUAAAUUGAGUUGUUUUAGUCCCCCAAUUUUAUAAAUAAAUAAAAACGUAUAUAUGGUGAUCAUGUGACUCCCCAGUGGAUAAAAAAAAUAAAAGUAGACCACUCUUCUUCUUUGCGGUUUGUUAACUUAGUUAAAUAGUUUGGAUACGCUGGAAGUUGGUAUGUGUUUAUGUUAAUCGAAACCUGAUGUACUGAAGUAUGUUGAAACCAGAAGAGCAAAUAAUGACUUGUGAUUAUUGAAAGGAAGAGUAGGAGCAACAACACUGUACACCUGCAGUGUCUUCAGAAAGUAUUCAUACCCCUUGACUUAUUCCACAUUUUGUUCUUACAGCCUGAAUUCAAAAUGGAUUAAAUAGAUUUUUUUUCUCAUCCAUCUACACGCCAAGGUAGUGGGUUCGAUCCCCGGGACCACCCAUACACAAAAAUGUAUGCACGCAUGACUGUAAGUCGCUUUGGAUAAAAGCGUCUGCUAAAUGGCAUAUUAUUUUAUUUAUUAUUUACACACAAUACCCAAUAAUAACACACAAUACACAAUACACAAUACCCAAUGCAAAUGUAUUGAAAAUUAAAUACAGAAAUAUCUCAUUUACAUAAGUAUUCACACCCAUGAGUCAAUACAUUGUAGAAGCACCUUUCGCAGCGAUUACAGCUGUGAGUCUUUCUGGGUAAGUCUCUAAGAGCUUUCCACACCUGGAUUGUGCAACAUUUUCUCAUUAUUAUUUUCAAAAUUCUUCAAGCUCUGUCAAAUUGGUUAUCGAUCAUUGCUAGAGAACCAUUUUCAAGUCUUGCCAUAUAUUUUCAAGUAUAUUUAAGUCAAAACUUUAACUCGGCCACUCAUUCACUGUCUUAUUGGUAAGCAACUCUAGUGUAUAUUUGGCCUUGUGUUUUACAUUAUUGUCCUGCUGAAAGGUGAAUUCGUCUCCCAGUGUUUGGUGGAAAGCAAACUGAAGCAGGUUUUCUCCUAGGAUGUUGCCUGUGCUUAACUCCAUUUCAUUUUCUUUCAAAAGUUAGUUGAUUUUCCAAUGUUUUAUCACUAUGCUUUCAACCAUCUAAAAACACAAGCAAAUUCCAAUGGAAAAACUUAUUUUUGGUUUAGUUGUUAGCCAAAUGUACAGUAUAUCACUGCGCUUUCAACCAUUUAAAACCACAGCAAAGUUCAAAAGGGAAUACAAUGUCAGAUAUUUUGUUUUGUAUUAAUAUAACAGAUGAAUGUGUUAUCACUGUGCUUCAUUUAAUAGCAGAACCAACCGACAUGGACUGCAGUUGAGAUUACAUAAAACAUGGUGCAAGUGAUCAAUGCCGUUUCGAGAUGUUGCGCAGAUUAUUACAGCAAUUGUAAAGAUCUCCACAAACCUGUGACGACAUAUGCAUGCCAUGCUAUUUUCAGGUCUUGCCAUAGAUUUUCAAGUAGAUUUAAGUCAAAACAUUAACUCGGCCACUCAUUCACUGUCGUCUUGGUAAGCACCUCCAGUGUAGAUUUGGCCUUGUGUUUAGGUUAUUGUCCUGCUGAAAGGUGAAUUCAUCUCCCAGUGUCUGGUGGAAAGCAGACUGAACCAGGUUUUUCCUCUAGGAUUUUGCCUGUGCUUAGCGCCAUUUCAUUUAUUUUUUGUCCUGAAAAACUCACCAGUCUUUAACCAUUACGAACAUACCCAUAAAAUGAUGCAGCCACCACUAUGCUUGAAAAUAUGGAGAGUGGUACUCAGAAAUGUGUUGUAUUGGAUUUGCCCCAAACAUAACAUUUUGUAUUCAGGACAAAAAGUUAAUUGCUUUGCCACAUUUUUUGCAGUAUUACUUUAGUGCCUUGUUGCAAACAGGAUGCAUGUUUUGGAAUAUUUGUAUUAUGUACAGGCUUCCUUCUUUUCACUCUGUCAAUUAGGUUAGUAUUGAGGAGUAACUACAAUGUUGUUGAUUCAUUCCUCAGCUUUAUCCUAUCACAGACAUUAAACUCUGUAACUGUUUUAAAGUCACCAUUUGCCUCAUGGUGAAAUCCCUGAUCGGUUUCCUUCCUCUCUGGCAACUGAGUUAGGAAGGAAGCCUGUAUCUUUGUAGUGACUGGGUGUAUUGAUACACCAUCCAAAGUGUAAUUAAUAACUUCACCAUGCUCAAAGGGAUAUUCAAUGUCUGCUUUUUUAAUUUUUUUUGUUUCUUUGCUAGGCAUUGGAAAACCUCCCUGGUCUUUGUGGUUGAAUCUGUGUAUGAAAUGCACCGCUUGACUGAGGGACCUUACAGAUAAUUAUAAGUGUGAGGUACAGAGAUGAGGUAGUCAUUCCAAAAUCAUGUUAAACACUAUUAUUGCACAAAGAGUGAGUCCAUGCAAUGUUUACUCCUGAAUUUAUUUAGGCUUGCCAUAACGAAAGGGUUGAAUACUUAUUGACUCAAGACAUUUCAGCUUUUUAUUUUAAAUUAAUUUGUAAAAAAUUGUGAAAAACAUAAUUACACUUUCACAUUAUUAUUAUUAUUAUUAUUAUUAUUAUGGGGUAUCGUGUGUAGGUCAGUGACCAAAAAAAUUUCAAUUUAAUACAUUUUAAAUUUAGACUGUAACACAACAGAAUCUGGAAUAAGUCAAGGGGUGUGAAUACUUUCUGAAGGCACGGUAGACCAUGGUAGAUCUCUAGCAACAUAGAUCUGCUUAGCCACAUUCCAGUUCUAUGUCCAUACUGUAUACCACUUAGUAUGAAGCAAUGUAUUGGACAUGUAUUCCAAGUGGUAUGCUAUGGACAUUAGAAUGGUGAUAUUCUCUCCUCUCCACUCUACUCUCUGUAAAGAGAUCUUACACUACCACCACACCAGUGUGAGGUGAAGUGAUGCCUUUCCUUGGCUCUGUUCAUUCGUUUAGAACCUUGAGACUAGAUCUCAGCCUACCCAUAAGCCCUAGCUGCAUAUGCAAAUGAGGCAGUGUAAUAGGCUGUGCUGCGAUAGGUUCGCCCUGGGGCGGUGUGAUCAAAGUGGAUCUCCUCCCCGUUAAGUGGCAGGCCGCUCAUCAUCUGGAUGGGGCCAGAUUAUCUCCUGAGAAAGAAACGCGGGACUCGCACGUUCUCAUUUUCAUUUUAGAAUUUUAAGAAGGAGCAGAGGGGGGGGGGGUUGAAACUGUUACUUUAUGUAAUGUUCAGUGCGACAGUCAGGGACAACACCACUACAGGGGGAGUAUUUUUUCUAGGUUUUUUCAUCCCCCUCUUCUCUCUUUUUUUGCUUAAUGGUCGUCGUUUCUCAGUCCCGUGCCUCUCUGGUUUUCAUCACCUGACUGGCUCAAGGGGACAGAGCUAGCUGUUUGUGUCACCGUGGUUACUGCAGAGGGAGUCUGUCGGUGGCGGCUCCUCGUUCAGCACAUCUGCACAAAUUUCAUCAGGAUAAUGAGGCUGAGCUGCUCUUCCAGGCGACGGACGGACGGGUGGAGAAUCCUGCCAACUCGCUCUCCGAAAAUCAUUUUCAAUGACAGUGUUAUAUACCUGCUACAAGAAAUGUGUGUUGAAAUUGAGUUGGCGCAUGAUUUGUUUUGUAAAGGCAGGUGUGGUGUAUUGGGAAGGGAGCAGUGAGGAGGUGUUGGGGAACUUUAUUGAGGCGCUUACAGGUGAAUUACAUCCAGUCAGAGUGGGCUGAUAGAGUUUGUAUGAUAGAGACAUAUACUCUGGUAGUGUGAUGGCAGACUUGGCCACAUGUGGCCUCUAUCGAACCUCUCCAGUUUCCACCUCAACCUAAUCCAUCGCCCUGCCCCCCUCAGCCCCCCUCAGCCCUCAGUACCGCCCAGGCAGAUAGCAAAAUGCAUAAAGCCAAACGUGUGUAGCGCCCCUGUUUCCUCCAUUCAGAAACAUUCGCCCAAAAGGUCAGAUGGGCUAUUUUAGAAAUGCCCCCAGUGAAAAUCAAUGGCCAAAACAAGUAUUCCUUUCUUGUUUGGUCUGGUCUGUGUGCUCUGUCUGAAAUCCCACUGAGGCAGGAGGCGAGGCAGUGCCUAAUCAUCAGGUCCUCUCAGCACUGAGAGAGGGGUGGGGGGAGAGUGGACCAGGCCUACAUACAUCACAGUGUCAGACACACAGACACACUGCGGCCAUAGAUUCAUCAUCAGAACUCCGUCUGGAGGCAGGGAGAGGAGAGAGGAGAUAGGAGAGAGGAGAGGAGAGGAAAGGGGAAGAAUCUCUCUGGUCUAAACUCAUCAUCCCCCAGGACCUCACAUCCCACUGGGCACAUCGUAAUUUCAAUGUGGAUAACUUGGUAAUAUUUGGUUGAGACGUUGAUCAAUGAGAUUACAACCUAUAUUCACCCACUCAAAAAGACAGCCAAAAGUUAGUUGAAUUUCCAAUGUGUUAUCACUAUGCUUUCAACCAUCUAAAAGCACAACCAAAUUCCAAUGGAAAAACAAUGUCUUAUUUUUAGUUUUUAGUAUAUCACUGCGCUUUCAACCAUUUAAAAGCACAGCAAAGUUCAAAAGGGAAUACAAUGUCAGAUAUUUUGUUUUGUAUUAAUAAUUUACAACAGAUUAAUGUGUUAUCACUGUGCUUCAUCUAAUAGCAGAACCAAACAACCUGGACUGCAGUUGAAAUUACUUUAAAAAGACAUGGUGCAAGUGAUCAGUGCCGUUUGAGAUGUUGCGCAGAUUAUUACAGCAACUGUAAAGAUCUCCACAAACCUGCGACGACCUAUGCAUGCCAUGCAAUCUUGACCAUGCAUGCUUUUUAUUAAUACAUAAGAAGACAUUUUUAGUUACAGUAACCUCAAAAUGUGGCCAUGGAUGUGUUCCUCAUUUUAAAGUUUAAUGUUACAUUAGUUUGUAAGAUAGCCUUAUCUUUAGGCUAUUUAAUGUAUUACAACAGUAAUAUUGAAUUUUGUUUGGUUGACAACGCAACCAAAUAUCAACAUUUGGAGGAGAUGUAUCUACUGCUUGGGUAGUUCCAUCUGUGCCACCGGCUUAAUCCCAUUCUUUAACUUUUAUUUUUGGUUGAGUUGGAGACGUGAAUCCAACAUACUGUAUCAUUUGUUAACUUGUGGACAAGUUAAUAGGCUAAAUGUAUUGUAUUUCAGAAGGGAUAUUGAAAUGUGUUUGGUUGUCAUUGCAACCAAAUAUCAACAUUUGAAUGAGAUUUAUCUUCUGCUUGGAUAGUUCCAUCUCUGUGCCACUGACGUAGUCUGGCUUUAAUUCCAGUUUGUCUACAAAUUAAUAAUUGAUAUGUUGGAUUCACGUCUCCAUCUCAACCAAAAAUCAAAGUGAAAGAAAAGGACUAAAUCAAAUCAAACUUUAAAUGUACUUUAAAUAAUAAUAAUAGUGGUGCAGUGGCGAGUGGCGCAGUGGUCUAAGGCACUGCAUCGCAGUGCUAGCUGUGCCACUAGAGAUCCUGGUUCGCAUCCAGGCUCUGUCGUAGCCGGCCGCGACCAGGAGACCCAUGGGAUGGCGCACAAUUGGCCCAGCGUCGUCCAGGGUAGGGGAGGGAAGGGCCGGCAGGGAUGUAGCUCAGUUGGUAGAGCAUGGUGUUUGCAACGCCAGGGUUGUGGGUUCGAUUCCCACGGGGGGUAUGAAAAAAUUAAUAAAAAUAUAACAAAUAAAAAAAAAUAUUGGCCCAGCGUCGUCCAGGGUAGGGGAGGGAAGUGCUGGCAGGGAUGUAGCUCAGUCGGUAGAGCAUGGUGUUUGCAACGCCAGUGUUGUGGGUUCGAUUCCCACGGGGGGUAUGAAAAAAAAAAUAAUAAUUAAAAUAAAAUGAAUGCACUCACUAACUGUAAGUCGCUCUGGAUAAGAGCGUCUGCUAAAUGGCUAAAAUUUAAUAAUAAUAAUAAUAAUAUGCCAUUUAGCAGACGCUUUUAUCCAAAGCGACUUACAGUCAUGUGUGCAUACAUUUUUACGUAUGGAUGGUCCCGGGGAUCGAACCCACUACCCUGGCGUUACAAGCGCCAUGCUCUACCCAUGGGCGGAGCACAAUUGGUCCAGCGUGGUCCAAGGUAGGGGAGGGUUUGGCCGGCAGGGAUGUGGGUUCGUUUCCCACGGGGGGCCAGUAUGAAAAAAUAUAUAUAUAAAAAUAUAAAAUACAUGUAUGCAUUCACUAACUGUAAGUCGCUCUGGAUAAGAGCAUCUGCUAAAUGACUAAAAUGUCUACCAAUUGAGUCCUAUUCUAUAACUGAUUUGGUCACAUUUAAUUUGCUCUGUUAAUGACUUCGAUAGCAACAGUGAAUCGAUUUUGUUUUUAAGUGGAGAUCUCUCAACAAUCAUUCUCACGAUAGUACAUUGGUAAUAGUCAGUGACAAAUAUCAAAGUUUAUCAGUGCUGGGCUUGGUUAAAACCCUGGAUGGGAGACCAAAGGGUACCUGUAGAUAGAUACAUUCUCCAGUAGGAGGUGCUACCCAGCCUAUAUUUUUCUGAUAGUGGAUAUAACGUUGAAGAUCUGACGUAGUUUUAAAGGUACAAAUUCAACAUAUUUUAUACAAGAUUUGUCUAUGUUGCAAUUUGGUUACCAUAAUAACAUAAUCCUGUGGUUGAAAUUUUACCCUCAAAAUAAGAGUUGAUGACUUUUUUCAAAUUCAAUAUAUUUCCACGUAGAUUCCAGGUCACAAUGCGUUGACAAAUUAAGUUAAAACAAUGUUGAUUCAACCAGUUUGUUCCCAGUGGGAUGGUUCUGGCUGUGAGAACACAACUGAGAGGUCGCUCAGCUCUUUAGCCUAUGAUUGGUUGGGAGGAGUCGGUCAAACGACUGUCAGCUGAUUGGGGUAAAUGGUUUCCCUAGAAUUCGUUGCCUUUGUAAGGACAGGCUUUUAUUUUGAUGUUGGCCUUAUCCUCCUAAUUUCAUUCUCGAUCAAACCAGCUAAGAAAUGCGGGUCAUUGAUGUUUCGGGCCAUGGCUUCAGAAUCUAAUUUGUCGAAAACCAUAAAUAAUGAAUGGUAAAUGUGUUAUUGGAAAAGCCCAAUUAUAUUUUAUACACCACAUGCAAUGCCAAGGCUGAGCGCAAAGCUUUUUGCUUCAGGUUUCCCACUAAAAGAAACAUUUAGAUCAUUGAAAUAUUUGGAAAAUGGGUUACAGACUUAUCACAGCUUGGUACAGCUACGAUAAACUUCCUGGAAAAAUAGGAAUUGAAAGUGGUGAACUUUGGCAUCGUCAGAUGACAUGUUGAUGCGGAGGAAUAUCAGGGGAUGGACAGUUGGACACAGAAGCCUGUCUUUUGUUCCUUCCUCAAACACACCUGAUUUAAAUAAUCAACUAAUCAUGGUCUUCAGUCUGGACAUGAUUAGCUAAAGCAGGUGUGUUACUGCAGGGCUGGAAUGAAAGCCUGCACAUCCAAUUGCUAUCCAAGACUGGAGCUUGACAUAAUGAUGAUCCUCCACAAGAAUUGAACAUAGCCUGUUUAUUUAGAGGCAUAUCACUAUACAGUUUAUGUGUCUUUGACUAUAAGGACUGUCAGUGAGACUGUUGUUAAGACAGCUCUUGGUUGCUCUGAAUGACACCCCCAUAUCAUCAUCACGAGCAGGGCCGGUUCCAGGCCAGAGGGGGGCUGAGGGGGUGAGAUGUGGGAGCCCCUGUCUUCCCUUCCCCUCUCUUCUCAUCCAGCCAGUCGGAUCUGUGUCCUUGCAGCGUUGCUCUACUUUAGCUCAGAGUGAUUCCAGACCCGUGUGAAACUGAGAGCUGUCCAAUGGGAAUCUCUCUGCUUUUUGUUCGAAUAAUUUUCCUCAAAUAUUUUUCCUCCUCGGGCGUUCAGAGGGAGUUUUUUCUUGCCUCGUUUGCACACCAGGAUUGA